GUCAAAGUCACAAUAGUCUGACCAAUAACCACAAACCGAUUCAGUCCAAUUUUGUACCGAGACGCGAAUGUCAUAAAAUUGUCGUUUAAUGAAUAACACCGUGGCACUCCAUUUGUUCAUAUCGGCCGAGAAGAGAAGGGAAAAGGUGACCUUUCUUCGAUUCGAUCCGUUGUAUCGGGUGGUUUCCGAUGGGACGGCAGCAUGUUAACUUCGAGGAGAAGAAAGCGGUGUAAACGGGAAAAGAAGUCCACGAACGAUAUAAUAACAUGACGAAACGCUAAAAUGUCCAGUGAUGGUGAUUCCAAUUCGAUACCGACGGAUAAUAAUUGGAAAUUGUAUGAUAUCAUCAUCGGCCUCACGACAAGCACACCACUUGUCACUUUUCUUGCAAUGUGGUAUCAAAUAUUCCUUUGGGCACUUUUCUCCUCACUUCUCGUACAUGCGAUAGCAGCUAUUAUUGCAUUUGCAACACUGCGCAAACACCAUUUUGGAAAGUUUUUCCCCGUAGUUAUUGUCGUGAUGGGCGUCGGAGGUCCAUUGACAUCCGGCGUGUUGAGCAGCGGUGCGAUAGCGUUCGUAUACAGGGCGUCGAGCCUGCAAAUGACGCCGUUACACGCGUGCUUCUGGGGCAUCGGACAGACAAUUGUAGGAGCGGCUAUCGGUUUUACUAGGGUCUUAGCAACUUUAUAACAUUUAACAGCCUUUUCCGUUUUACCACGUAAAACUCGACUUAUCUUCAAUGAUAAAUCAAUAUUUAAAGCAAUGAUUGAAUUUAUCUAUUAAAACGUUUUUCGUUUAUCUUCAUUUUUAAACAAAGAUAAAUUCAUUUUUUCAUUGUUCAGACAAUAAAUAAACGCAAAUCAAUUUUUAAAAUAAAACCUAAAUCUAUUUUCCUCAAACUCUCAUCUUGACUGUGCUAGGCUUUUAUUAUUAUCAUUAUUAUUUCAUUUUCUUUUAAUCAAUUUCUCAAUAUAAAAGACAUUAUACAUUAAGUUUGUAUAUAACAAUUAAACACAUGUAUAACUUUGUAAUUAAAAUUAUAUUGUUGGCAAUGUAAAUGAAAAUGUUUUUAGAAUUUGUAUAUAAAUUCAAAAGUUAAUGUACAUAUGUAUUCACUU